AUGCUGGCUAAAGAGGAUUCGGAGGUGCCUGUCGAAGCUACAUGCAUUAUGUGUCCUACUUUAUGUUCUAUUCGGGCCGCUAAGACAGCCCACUACGAGGAGUUUCUUAUGCAAGAUACUCGUGUGACGGAUCAGCAUACGAGUUAUCAAUCAAAAAUUCUACAUCUGGUCUUGGUGAUCAAGAGGUCGAAGGUUCGACGUCGAUUCCUGCUGAAAGGAUUUUGA